ACUGCAUCGGAUUCUGGAAUUUACAAUCACGAAAGUUCUAUUGUCCCGCGAUUGGCUCCGGGGCCGCAUGACAUCAUAGCGCUUGACUCAUCCCUCGGGCCCCGAUUGGCUGGCCGCGCCAUUGUGACGUCACGGUCAGCCCACGUUCUGAUUGUAGAUACCCGGCGCCUUCCUCUUCCCAUCGCGGCGGUUCCUCGUUCACGGCGCCUCCCUCUUACAUCUCUCCCUGCCCCGGCUGGCCACGGGCUCACUCCCGCCGCCUCCGUCUCGCCGCUCCUCAGAGCUGCUGCCGCCCCUCGGGCCAAGCGGUUUUAAAAUGGAAAAUUUUGAUGCAUCACUUAGUCCGUAUUUCAAAGCAUUGCUAGGCACCCGAGAUACCAGAGUAAAAGGAUGGUUUCUUCUGGACAAUUAUAUACCUACAUUGGUCUGUUCCAUCAUAUAUUUACUAAUUGUAUGGCUGGGGCCAAAAUACAUGAAGAAUAGACCGCCAUUCUCUUGCCGGGGAAUUUUAGUGGUGUAUAACCUUGGACUCACGUUGCUGUCUCUCUAUAUGUUCUUUGAGUUAGUAACAGGAGUAUGGGAAGGCCAAUACAACUUCUUCUGUCAGGGCACACGCAGUGCAGGAGAAUCAGAUAUGAAGAUUAUCCGUGUCCUCUGGUGGUACUACUUCUCCAAACUGAUAGAAUUUAUGGACACCUUCUUCUUCAUCCUGCGUAAGAACAAUCACCAGAUCACGGUCCUGCACGUCUACCACCACGCCUCUAUGCUGAACAUCUGGUGGUUUGUGAUGAACUGGGUCCCCUGCGGCCACUCCUAUUUUGGUGCCACACUUAACAGCUUCAUCCACGUCCUCAUGUACUCGUACUACGGUCUGUCUUCGGUCCCUUCCAUGCGUCCAUACCUGUGGUGGAAGAAGUACAUCACUCAGGGACAGCUGCUUCAGUUCGUGCUGACAAUCAUCCAGACCACCUGCGGGGUCAUCUGGCCGUGUACCUUCCCUCUUGGUUGGUUGUAUUUCCAGAUCGGAUACAUGAUUUCCCUGAUUGCUCUCUUCACAAACUUCUACAUACAGACCUACAACAGGAAGGGGGCCUCCCGGAGGAAAGACCACCUGAAAGACCACCAGAAUGGGUCUGUGGCUGCUGCGAACGGACACACCAACAGCUUUUCUUUCCUGGAAAACAAUGUGAAGCCAAGGAAGCCACGGAAGGAUUGAAGUCAGGGAGUUGAAAACCUCCAAACCACGUCAUCUGAUUGUAAGCACAAUAUGAGUUGUGCCCAAUGCUCGUUAACAGCUGCUGUAACUAGUCCAGCCUACAAUAGUGUGACUCAUGUAGGACCCCUUUCAUCAGUUCAAAACCCCUAGAAAAUGUAUACAGAUUAUACAAGUAGGUUAAGAUUUCUAACAUUUCUGGGCUUUCAUCAACCCCCUGCGCUAGACUGUGGAAAGGGAGUAUUGUUGUAGUAUACAACACUGCUGUUGCCUUAUUAGUUAUAACAUGAUAGGUGCUGAAUUGUGAUUCACAAUUUAAAAACACUGUAAUCCAAACUUUUUUUUUUUUUUUUACUGUAGAUCAUGCAUGUGAUUGUAAAUGUAAAUUUGUACAAUGUUGUUACGGUAGAGAAACACACAUGCCUUAAAAUUUAAAAAGCAGGGCCCAAAGCUUAUUAAUUUAAAUUAGGGUAUGUUUCAAGUUUGUAUUCAUUUGUGAGAACUCUGUUUAGGAAAAUCAAAGACCGUGAUUUAUGAAACUAGCGUGUGACAUACAAUUUCAAGUGACUUGUAGAUGUGAAAUCAGAAACGGCACCUUCAGUUUUGUAAUAUUGGCUUUGAAUCAGGCAGACUCAAAUCUAGUGGAACAGUCAGUUUAACUUUUUAACAGAUCUUAUUUUUUUAUUUUGAGUGCCACUAUUAAUAAUGUAAAAAAGGGGAGAGGGCUCUAAAAGCAGUCUUGAUGAAACUUAAAUAUAUAUUCUUUGUCCUCAAGAUUUUAGGAAGAGUGUAGGGUGAAUAGGCCAUUUUUAAUUUCUGAAGUGCUAAGUGUUUUUAUACAGAAAACAAAAAGUCCAUUUUGCUUUCCCCAGUGUGAGAGAGAUGUAUACUUUUCAAGAGAGAUUGAAUACUUACUGUUUGACAGUGUCCCAUAGAUGAACAAUGGGGAACUGGUUGCUGGGGUCCAAAUUUGAAUUGAUUUCUGUACUGCUAUCUGUUUUGACACAAACUUCCUUUUAAAAUGUGCCUAGAUUACCAAAAUUAACAAAGGAGGGUGGAAGGGAAGGACCUUAACAAAAUUUAAGGUAAAAUUAAACAGCUACAGCAUAAGAGAACUGGGAAAUUGGAUAGAGAUAACUUGUUUCAUGUAAAUCUAAUAGUACCUGUAAUUUUUUUUUCUGCCUAGAAUCUAAAGAUUUGUUUAGAACUUCUUAUUUUAAAAAUAAUAGACUACAGACUGCUUAUCAUAAAAUCAUGUCUCUCACAUUUGAGGCAGUGGUCAAACAGAUGUGGACUAUUAUGUGUGUCAUUUUAAAGUGUUGGAAUUUAGCCUCUGAAUACCUUCUCCGUUGGGGAAAAAACACAUUCAUUGAACCACUCGUGACACAUCUUAGAAGGUCGUUGACAAUGUAUAAACUAAUUGUUGGUUUGAUAUUUAUGUAAAUACCAGUUUACCAUGCUUUAAUUUUGCACAUUCAUAUUAUAGGGAGCCAAUUGGUUCUCUUAUUAGCCUUGUGGGUUUUCUGUUUGAAAGGAGUCAUGACAUCUGUUUACAUUUACCUUAUCAAACCUAGAAUGUGUAUAUUUAUAAAUGUAUGUCUUCAUUCCUAGGUACUAAUUUGCAGAUGUCUUUACAUAUUUCAAUACAGAAACUGUAACAUUCGAUAGUGUGCUGUCAAAGUGUGCUUAGCUCAUCUGGAUAUACCCACACUGUUAAAUAAUGUCUAAACAUUAAUCAUUAAAACAUUUUUGAUUACCUGUG